GAUGUGACUGAGUUGGUUUAGCUACAACGCAGUGCAUAACACGUUUUAGGUAGUAGGCUACAGUGUCGUCAUGGUGUAGAGUCAAGCUGCUGGAGAGUUGUGGGUCUGACAGCUUAUACAAAUAAUAUUAUAGCCUACUGCUUCUGAAUAUUGCUCGAGCCUGCAUGGCUGGACCGUCUCUGGGUAUCACUUUGCAACCUGGACUCCGGGGUUAGACGUAACAUAGUAAAUCAGGGACACUCAAAUUAGAAUGAAAUGUUACAUUUUGUAAGGUGGACAUGUCAGUAAUGGAGGAUGUUCUGAAGCAUAUAGAUGUCUCUGACCCCAGGUUCUGUGUUGCUGUCAUCGCCAUCAUCUUCAACCCUUUCUUCUGGAAUGUGGUGGCGCGUUGGGAGCAUCGUACGAGAGGUUUGACCAGACUGUUUGGGGGUCCCUAUCUGGCCUGCUACUGCCUAGGCACCCUCAUCAUCCUCCUCAAUGUCUACCGCAGUCACAGUAUGACAGUGGCGAUGAAGGCCCAGGCGAGGUGGGAGGUGAUGGCCAGCCCAGAGGUGUUCUACGCGGGGGCAGCUCUCAUGGCCCUGGGCUCUGUCUUGGUGGUCACCAGCUUCCUGGCUCUCGGAUUCACCGGGACCUUCCUGGGUGACUAUUUUGGGAUCCUGAUGGAAGAGAAAGUGAAAGGUUUCCCCUUCAAUGUAACUGAGAACCCUAUGUACUGGGGCAGCACUGCCAACUAUCUGGGACUCGCAUUCAUCUCACCUCUAAUGCGAUGGCUGAAACUGCUUAUCUUUGAGGCGUUUGAUGUCAGCUGGCAGAGAAGACGACGCUACUCGCAGCUGGUUUUCCAGGAAUGCCAGUCCGGUGGGGUUGGUGCUGACAGCAGUGGUAGCCAUAUCAUACCAAGUGGCCAUCAUCUUUGAGGGACCUUUCACCGAGGAUAUCUAUCGACAGAGAGCACAGUGCUGCAAGCACAAAUAAAGAGGAAGGAUGGACUGUGUUUGUCCGAGGAUCAUACCUACAGAUCAGAGACUACCAGACUGACUACCAGGCCACACACCACGUCAGCCUGCUACACAGAGCACGAGAGGUGGGCUAGAGAGAGAAGGGAUGGAGGGUGUUUUUGUAUUCUGGCAAAGAUCAAGUACACAGUCUUCAUCCUGGCCCAAUUCCAAGAUAUUCUACUUCUCUUUAUAAAAACUUUGAUCCCUGCUUGCAGUAUUUUAAUAGCAAGUCUUAACAAUGCAAGGGCUGGAUCAAUCGUUUUCAGCUUUUAAAUUGAAUGCUCUGUAGUUUUCAUAUUUCACACUAUUUAGUCGUGUAGUUUUUAUCUCAAAAGCCAAUGACAAUCAUUCCAUAAUAUCUUCUGCAUGGCUAUGUUUGCAGAGUCCCAUGUAUCUUAAUGAAACUGUAAAUACAGAUCUGAUCCCAUAA